AUGGUGAUUGCCGGUUCGUCUCAGCCAUCGCCAGAGCGCGUUGCCGCCUGGUCGGCUGUGGCCGCGAAGCCUCCGUCGGGGCCCGAAAGGGCGACCAUGGCGACGAAGCCCCCUGUACCGCCGGCUCCGAAGCCCGUGACAACAGACGCUGAAAAGACUCUUCCCCACGCACCCGCGGAUCCCCUUGCCGUGCCAGAUGCGGGCCCGUCUGCCCCUGUUGCUGUUCCGUCCGUUCCGGCUGCUGCUCCUGGUCCCCUGGCUCUCCUUGCCGAGCCGCCGGCGUCUGCUCUUGCUGGGGCCGAUGCUGAUCCCCCUGUUCCUGUCCCUGGCGCCCCCUUUGCACCGCACGCUUCUGCCCCCGACGUGCCUGCUCCGGCUUCUGCUUCGUCACCGAAGGCGGCGUCCGCCACCACUGUCGGCCCGGCUCCGUCGGUUGCGCCCUCAGCGGCGGGUCAAUCCGCGCCUGCGGUGACGCCGGUGGCCCCGGCAGGUCAGCCGUCACCUGACCGCUGCCUGUCUCGCCCCCAUUCCCCCGCGGCCCACCAGGAGCGCAAGUCGUCUCGUCGCCGUCGUGAUUCUCCACGGCGUUACCAGCAGCAGUCUCACUGGCCUGCUCACCCCGGUGGUCAGGGGGACUGGAGGGGUCCCCGCGGGCGCGGUGGCGGUGGGGGUUACCGCCGGCCCGUGACGAUGGCAGAUCUUCAGCGGGAAGUGUCGAUGGCGUCCGCCGCCUGUCGCUGCACCCCUCCCUCAGGUGCACAUCCCAACGGCUCCUGCUCCGCGUCGGCGCCCACCCCUGGAGCGCGUCUUCGCUUGCCGCCGGUUCCGCCUGUUGCGGGGGUGGAAUUUGUGGCCGCUGGUGGCGGCGCGUUGGCGGCGCAGUAUUCUCAUCCCGCUGAUGAAGAUCAGCAGCUCCUGUUCCUAGCGGAGGCGCUUCAGCCUCCGCAGACUCGCGCUCCGGAGGCGACGCUCGGCCAACUCCAUCGCCUCGCUGAGAGUCUUCACGCGCUGCUGCUGAUUCAGGUGGUUGCUCAUUCGUCUCUCCCCGUAAUCCCUCCUGAGACCUUCCGUGGCCGCCAGCGUGACACUUGCCUGGACGCGGCAGACCAGCUCGCAGUGCUCCUGGCGCCCGUGCUGGCUGCGCCCGCGGAGGGUGGCGCUGCUGCUGCGGGGCAGCUUGACGAGGCUGUCCGGGGCUUGAGGCGGCACUUGCGUGCAGGAUCUGGAGCCGCGGCGAUCGGAGCAAGCACGCUUGUGGUCCGGGAGCUGUGGCGCUCCCUGAAGGGCGUUCUUCACGCCCUUGGAGCUCACCGCAUGUAG